ACUCAAUCGCCGUGGACUCGAUUGCUUUGGACACAUCCUCCCUGCCGCCGCACCAUGAGAUUCGCAGGCAUCCUCUGGCUGCUCUCGCUGCCCCUGGCCGCUCAGCUCCCCUGUCUAGACAACUCGUUCUGGUUCCUAUCGGCCCACGAGCCCAAACUUGGCUCAGGCUUUGGCAGCCCGGGUCUGCAUCCACAGUCCGGCCUGGCCCUCUGUCGCUGGACAUUCACCGGCAACACUAUCACGCAUCCUCGCCCUCUCGUCGAAGUUUGGCCGCUGGGGACUCACAUUCCCCUCUGGGCUGGAAUCUGGAGCGAGAAGCACCGGCUUCUGCAAACCCCUGCCUUGCGUGUGCCGUCGACUUGGGCUGCCGUCUGGAAGGAUCUCUACAGCCCCGCAUUCGAUACCCCGCUUGCCAUCUGGGCAUUCCAGUUCCUGGCCUCACUCAAUGCCGCCGUCCUGAUCUUUGCCUUGGUGGAGGCCUCUCGCAUGGGCGUGCUCUCGGUUCCUGCGCACCCGUCGCUGCUGUCGGUACUCCACAGCCUGCACCUGGCCCCGCUGGCUGCAUCGGCGAUCUAUCUCCCCAACUAUCUGGCCUUCAACCACCAGGGGCCGGGCUCCGGGGGAUAUCUGAGGUCCAUGUCCAUCGCCGCCCUGUUCCCCGUCGCUGCGGCCCUCGUUCUGUUUCCCGUUGGCCUGCCCUGGCUCUGUCGGUGGAGCAUGCAACCCCUCCCCGUCAUGAUCCUGUGGAGCGUCUUUGUUGCUUUUGCACCUUUGCUGCGAACCGCCCUCGAGCUGCUCGUCUUCUCGCACUGGUUCCCUCUCAGGGAUCCCAAGCCGUUCGCCAAGGUAUACAAGUAUGAACUGGUCCAGGAUCCCGCAAGCUGCUCUUCUCCCGAAAGCGUCCUCGCUGUGUCCCCAGUCCCGCAGCCAUUCCCAGCAUCUCGCUUCGGAACCAUCUACCAGCAUCCGCGCCGACGAGCAUCCCGCCUCGCCAUUCGGCUCUACCGCCUCUGCUCUGGACUGGCUGCCGCUGCACAUGCCAGCACCGUCGCCACUUUGCUGAUGUCGUUCCGAUCGAGGUUGUCGGCUGCCGAUGCGACGGUCUCGGCCGGCGAUCGCAUCUUCCACUCGUAUUGUUGUGCAUCGUCCAUUGCCCUCCAACUCGGGGCUCUGUUCUGGUUCGUUCGCAAGGAGCAGCCCAAUAUCUUCUCUCUCGGCCAGCUGCUACGCAAGUCCAUCCUGCUCUCGCCUGCGUCGGCGUUUCUGGACUGGUGUGCCGCCAGAGAGGCGUGCAUCGCCGGGAUCAUGGAGGACUGAUUCUCUCUUCUUCUACUCGGGUUCAUUUCGCCUGUAUCUUGGAGGAUGCCCACAGCCCCAUUUCUUCAUCGACGCAUUUUUCAGCCCGAAGCCGUCACGCGGCAUUCAACCCGCCCGCUAUCGCCGCGCGCGAGCAUUCCGAGAUACUCCUCCUCUUCCAAAAACUGUCCUGUUUUGAAUAUCCGCUGUCGUCACUCAUUGAGUCUUGGCAGCCAAAUGCAUUCGACUGCCCG